AUGCAUAGUUGUAGACAAGACUCUGAAAAUUGUAAAAAUUUUAUUGAAAAGUUAAAAAAUUGCGACCGAAAACAACUACGUGAAUUAUUACAACCAAUAACCUUGUGGCAUAUCGGAAAGUGUGAAUUAUACCAUUGGAUUGAUGCAUUAGAUUUAUUUGAUUCAAUAUUGGAAGAAGCAUGUUUAAAAACUGGCACAUGGAUGUUAAACUGUGAUAGGAAAGAAAAUGAAGAACUGAAAUUUCUUAUUCUUGAUAUACUUCAUUUUACGGCUCUGUUAAUUGAACAUUCAUAUUCACGACAUUUAUAUAAUUCAAUCGAAUAUCUAAUUUUAUUAUUACAAUCGUCAGAUGUCCAUAUUGUACUUAGUGUAUUAUCUUUGUUAUAUGUAUUUAGUAAACGCUCAAAUUUUAUUACUCGUCUACAAUCAGAAAAAAAACAAGCACUCAUUGCACGUUUAAUCUAUCUCGCUGAGACAUGGGGUGGAAAAGAAAAUGGCUUUGACUUAGCACGAUGUUGUAGUAUACGAGAUCCAUCCGAGUUUCCUGAACAUGCUAUAAACUUACAUUUUGUUUAUGUCACACAACCAGAACCAUCAUCUGGAGGAGUGCAACAACAAAUAUCAAAACAAAUUGAUGUGCCAAAUGUACAUUCAGCCGGAGAAAAUGCAGCGGCUGUCAUGGAAACAGUUUUAUCUGAACACACUACGUUAGUAGAAGAUAAACAGAUUAAAUUAUUUACUCAUCUUCGUUUGGCUUAUGCCUUUCCGAAUUUUGAACAACGUUUAUUAUGCAUACAAGCACGUUUACAAGCACUGUCGAUAUUAGUCUAUUCAAUUGCCAUUCAAGAUGCAAAUAAUGUUCUUUAUGACGGACUAAUUGAAGAGCUUGUCGAAGUUUUGAAUGUCAGAGAUACAACACUAACUGACAUCAAAGCUUCUGCAUUGAAAACACUGACUUCUAUAAUUCAUCUUGAAAGAACUACGAAGCAUCCACCUCGACUACAAGAGAUUAUCGAAGCAACGCAAGCAAAUUCAUACCAUGGCUUUUUGCCAACGCUUGUUAGACAGUGUAUUGACAAAUUAACCGGACCUAAUGCUGACCGUUUUCCACAAACAUUAUCGACAGCGUUAUUUUCCUUUCUUUAUCAUAUGGCAAGUUAUGAAACCGGUGGAGAAGCGUUAGUUAAUUGCGGUAUUAUGCAAGCAUUGAUCAAAGUUGUUAAUUAUUAUGAUGAAUCUCAAGAUUUUAUAAUGUUUGUCACACGUGCUGUGCGAGUGAUUGACUUAAUAACAACUCUGGAAGUCACAUCAUUUCAAGCCAAUAAUGGUUUACAAGCGUUUAUCAACCGACUUGAACAUGAAGUAAAUCAGUGUCGCAAAGAACAGCCGUUCGUUAUUCGCACACCAAAACUUGACACUCAACAAUCUCAAGUUUCUGGAUCAGAUUCAUCUCAUUUUUAUCAGUUGAAUUCACCAGGAACACCAGGAGAAGCAAAUCCAUCAGGUGAGCAACAAACAUCAACCGAUAUGGAUACACAGCAAAAUAUAUCCACGCCAGUCAAAACAACCACCACAAAUUUUGAUGGAGAUCAACAGACAAAUGACGACAAAUUUGAAUUCACAACUACAGCACCGAAACUUGGCCUCUCGUGUUAUCAUCAGCGUGCUGCUCUCUUAAAAUCUAUACUAAAUUAUUUAAAAAAAGCAUUUUCUGAACCGACAAUGGUCGAAUCAACUCGUCACAUUAUGGACGGUUCAUUGCCAAAUUCUUUGAAACAUAUCAUUAGUAAUGCUGAAUAUUAUGGUCCAUCGUUGUUCCAUUUGGCCACAGACGUUGUUACAUCGUUCAUCUUUCAAGAACCAUCACAAUUAUCAUCGUUACAAGAUAACGGUUUAACUGAUGUUUUAAUGUAUGCUCUACUGAAAAAAGAUGUGCCAGCAGCACGUGACGUUUUAGCAUCUUUACCAAAUGUAUUCAGUGCUCUAUGUUUGAAUACAAGAGGUUUAGAAAAUUUUAUGGAAUGUAAACCCUUUGAAAAAUUAUUUCGUGUACUAUUAUCACCAGAAUAUUUACCAGCUAUGCGACGAAGGCGUGGUGCUGAUACAGCGUAUGGAACAGCUUCUAGUCUAGGAAAUGCUGUCGACGAACUCAUGCGACAUCAAGUUAGUUUACGUACAGAAGCAAUGAAAUCGAUUAUUCGACUUCUUGAGCAACUUGUUGAAAUGGGUAAUGAUCCCAAAUAUUGUUGUCAGAAAUCUCAUUCCUCUUCUUCAUCAACAAAAACAAUCGAUACAAUACGAAUAACAAAUCGAGCAACACGUACCGCAGCUGUAAAUAAUAAUGAUCGUAAUGCUCAAUCGUCUGAUGAUGAAUAUGACUUGGACGAUGAAGCCACAAAUGAUGAAUUACCGAUUAAUCGUUUAGUCAAUUUACAUGCAGCUAAUAAUCAAGACCAACCACAGACUAGUGAACAACAACCGACAUCGACUCGUACACCUCUAACUGAUUCUUCCGCCGUUUCUAAUUUACCAACAGCGAAUACAAUGACAACGGCAGAUAGUCGUCUACAGCAAACCAUCACACAACAGCAUCAAAAAGAAGAGCCAAUACCUGUGCCAUUGUUAGAUUAUAUAACAAAUAUAAUGCGUUUUGUCGAGGGUGUUAUUAGCAACAAUACAACCGAUGAUCACGGAAAAGAAUUUGUUAAAUUAGGCGGUCUGAUACCGUUGCUAAAUAUUUUACAUAUGAAAAAUUUGCCAAUUGAUUUCCCCAGUAGUCAAGCUUGUAUUUGUGCUGCCGGUUUAUGUAAAUCAACUCUCACACUCGUCAAAGACAAUAAAGUAAUCGAACUGGCUAUAACAAAUCUUGAUGAAAUAUUGCAGUCAUUAACAUCAUUCUAUCAAGGACGACAAUAUGAUGGAUCAUUAUUGAUAAAUGAAUUAGCUCAAGCCGUUUCAUCGUCUUCUAUUGAUCCACUCGAUGCCAUAAAUCAAUCAUCGUCAACUCCACUAUUACAUCGUUUAUCAUUCGUUCAUUCUCACAUUUCGUUAUUAGUUUCGUUAUGUAAAAUAACUCAAAAUGAUGUACGUAGCAUACUAAUUAGUCAUUGGGGUACUGAGAGAGGUCUUCGUGUAUUACAAAAUUUAAAUAAAUUAUGUGUUACAUUAAUAUGGGAAAGUUCUGUUUUGUUAUCGUUGUGUUCGACAACAACAACGCUGGAUAAUUCAGCAACAUUUAAUAAAGAUGAUCUUCUAAAGCUAUUUCCAAAUGAUGUUCAAUCAACUGUUGAUAGUACAAAUGUAGCUUCA